AUGGAGACGGAAAGUAGGAGGAAAGGACCUAGGAGUCCUAGCGAAGAGUCAGAUAGCAUGAGGAGAAGAUCUAGAAAGUAUGACAGAUCACCCUCGCCUAGAAGAUCAAAGUACAGAAGAUCCAGGUCGCGAUCCAGUUCAAGAGAAAUGUCCUCCAGGAGGAAAGAGAAUAACUCUAGGGAUCAUGAAUGGAAAACUGCAGCCAUGCAACCCAACAAGGCAUCCAAUCCACCUAGUGCCACUGGCUACCCACCCCCACAGGUUCUUAAUCAGUAUACGGCUCCACCGCCUAACACCAGCCAGCCUCCACCAAUGCAGUAUGCCCACGGCUACACAAACUACAACUACAACUACCAUCAGAACCAGGCCUAUGCGGAUUACUCAGGGUAUCAGCAGGCUGCUACUGGGUACAGAAAUGAUUAUCCACCACCAAACUGGCAAGGUACUGUUCAGUAUAGCAACCAGCAACAACAACAACAGCAGCAGCAGCAGCAGCAGCAACAACAGCAGCAGCAACAAGCGGCGGCUGCAGCAAUACCACGUGGUACAGAAGCGUCACAGCCGCACGUCGUCAAUCCAGCCUUAGUAGCUCUUAUGGCUCAAGCUGCCGCUGGCAAUAGACCUGAACAAGCUAAAAAAGAAGCCAUCGCAGCUGAGCUGAAGCAUCAGAAAGCUACGUUGGCACAGCAGCGCGAAGGUUUCGUCAAGAAGUCUUCAACAUUCCAACGAGAAUUAGAAAUUCUACGUAAGCAGUUCAAAGAAAUCGGCAAGGAGCCAAGUAGGGAAAAUAGUCGCAUCAUUGAGGAGAACAAAAAACUGCAGGACGAGAUUGAACAAAAAAUGAAAUCCAUUCAUAAGGCGAUCGAUAUGUUGACCAGCAUUAUCGGUGACAAUUUGUCGAUCGAAGAUUUGAGAGUAAAAUACACACCCUCAUCAGCAAAGCGCUUAAAAAGCCCAAAGAGCGAAGAAGACAAACCCACCUACAACUUCGUUCAUUAUGAUCCAGAGAUGCAUUGGUGCAAAACAUGCGAUAUUUUUCCGAAAACGGCUAAAGAAUACCUAAAUCACCUACAUAGCAAUGAGCAUAAAGAAACCUGUCAGGAGCGCAAGAUAGUCGACAUGCCAUGGCACGACGAUAAAAACGGACAGACAGAGAAAGAAAUGCCAUCUUACCCCGGACUGCCGACAAAAAGAACACCAAUUAAAGGUCUACAGUUUUUCAGCCCAGCCACCGCUUGGUAUUGUAAACUAUGCAGCACUUGGAUUGGAGAUCUUCACUGCGCUAGUCUUCAUCUGAAGUCUCGCCGGCAUUCCGAAAACUAUAGCCGUUUUGUGGAACAAAGUCCUCAUUGGGAGACCGAUUGGAUGGCCGAUCGCGAGAAAGCUUUCUCUGACGAGAAAAACAAGCAAAUCCAAAUCGAACUUCAGAAGCAAAAGGAAGAAGCUCCACCUGUCAAGCCCAAGAAGUCGAAAAAGGCUAAAAAGAACAAAAAGAAGGCCAAAAAACGCAAAAACAAGAACAGCAACUCCGAUUCGUCGAGCGAUUCGGAAACCAAUGAAUCUGACAAUGGGUUAGGACCUGAUGACCCAUCUAAGAGUAUCCGAGUUGCCAUGAGAAACAAAAUGAAAGGUUCAACUCAAUCUUUGCACCAUGACGAAGAUAACUACAACGCGAUUCACAAUGAGCCUGCAAAUGACAGACAAAUGGUAAACUCGCUUCGUGAAAAAGUUAAGGUGAAGCCGGAACAAGAAAUCGUACAUCAGCAACCCAAGUUAGAACCGAGGUCGGAGCCUAACAACACUGAUGUUCAGAUGCAGAGUUGGGGACCGAAGGAACCACCCAAAACUUUUUGGAUCAAGAAGGAUGAAGAACCCAAGCCCCAAGCUCCUAUCGUCCACAUAACAAAGCCUGAGGAUAUGCCCAAACCUCACAUGGGCUUCUGGACAAAGCAACAAAUUAUGCCUAAUAAAGUUGAAAAGGAAAAGGAGAAAGAUAAAGACGAUGAUCGAGAUAGAUACAAGGAUGAAAAGCGUGAAAAUUCUUAUGGCAAUAAGUGGGACAAGAAGACAGACGAUAGAUAUGAUCGAUACGACAAUAGAUACGAUAAGUACGAUAAGUAUGACAAGUACGAUAGAAAAAGGCGUGACCGUGACAGAGAUUAUUACAAUCGUGACCGGCGGCGUGACUCCAACGACUCACCUCGGCAUGAUCGCUACAGUCCCAAGCGCUAUGAUAAGUAUAGUAAACGAGAUGAGGAAUUUAAUGACGACAGGUAUGACAAGAAGGACAAAAAGAAGGGUGGUUCCAGCAGUUCUUCCCAGUCUUCAAAAAAGUCUUCAGCGCAGCCGUCUAAGGGUAAGCUACCCUUUAUUGGUAGGCUACCACUUUUCAAAAAAAAGGAUGAUUCUAAAGGGCCUGAAAAAGAGGUGACUGCUCUACCAUAUACACAAAGUAAAUUUGAGGAUACGCCGCAGGUGCCCAGUGAAAUCAUCAAUCCACCAGGUGUCGUCCAUGUACCGAAGCUAGCCACGCCAGUAGUGCCACAGAAUAAUUCAGCACCUAAUCAAAAGAUGAAGAUCCUUGUGGCACCACCUCCACCAUCGCUUAAUGAUAAAAAUCCAUCUACAUCGAAACAAAGCAAUGGUACUGGCGCUACAACGGCUGAACCGGUUGACAUGGAAAUCGAAGAUCAAUCAGAUGAGACGGUUAUCGAGCAAAACGUCGAAGUGUCCAAAGAAGAUACAACUAAGCCACCACCUGUCAUUCCCAAUACGAGUAGACCACCGCCUGGAUAUCCUGCCCUGAAGAAGGCUGCACCUGAGCCCACGCCAUUCACACCUCAAGGACCACCUCCGCCUUUUGUAACGAAUACAUUCAUGCAUCCAACUAAUCAGCCACCACCACCGGUAGCACAAAUGCCACCGUACCUUCCACAGAUGCAUGUACCACCUCCGGGAAUGUACACAAACCCACCACCUCCCCUACCAAACACCGAAAUCCCUCCACCGGUAAUACCAGGCGCCAUGCCACAAGUAACUGAAACUAACGAGAUGGUAGAGACAGGUGAGAAAAGACCAGAUGGUGCGCCACUGCCCGAGGACCUCCAAGAAGCUCUGGACAUUAUAUUCCCAACUGAACAGUCAGCCGAAGCUGCCGAGGCUCAACACCAUCACAACCAGGACAGUACGAUAAUGUAUGGCUCAAUGUACAGUAUGUUGGGCUGCGUGGGUUAUGGCCCGGACUACAUGGACCAGCCGCCUCCUGAGAUCACCCAACAGGAACCUGAGCUCGAGACUGCGCCCGGUCCCGACGAUCUCAAGAUGCUAGGAAUCGACGAGGGUGACACUAUAUUGUAG